GUCAACACGUUUCACACGCCGAAGAAGAAGUAGAAGAAGAAGCGGUCCGCUCAGUUCCGUUUGCUAGCCGACAGUUCACAGAGCCGCAGCUAUGGAGGAGGCAAAAAACAAAGAGAAGAAGCAGCCCGAGAAGACCGAUGAGAAGGAGAGGGAGAAAGAAAAAGGGCAGCAGCCCUCGGGGAAGGAUAAGGACAAGAAAGAGGAGCAAGAACUGUCAGAAGAAGACAAGCAGUUACAAGAGGACCUGGAGAUGAUGGUGGAGAGACUGAGCGAGAAGAACACAGAGUUGUACCGUCCUGCUUUGGAGGAGCUGCGCAGACUAAUCCGCUCCUCAACCACCUCCAUGACCUCAGUGCCCAAGCCCCUAAAGUUCUUGCGCCCACACUACGGCAAGCUCAAAGAGAUCUACGAGGGCAUGGCUCCCGGAGAGAACAGGCGCUUCUGUGCUGAUGUGGUGUCGGUGCUGGCCAUGACCAUGAGCGGUGAGAGGGAGUGUCUCAAGCACCGUCUGCUAGGCUCCCAGGAAGAGCUGGCCUCCUGGGGACAUGAAUAUGUCAGACACCUGGCCGGUGAGGUGGCUAAAGAGUGGCAGGAGGUGGAGGAGAGUGACAAAACUCAGCAGGAGACGCUGCUGAAACUGGUGAAGGAGAUCGUGCCCUACAACAUGGCCCACAACGCCGAGCACGAGGCCUGCGACCUGCUGAUGGAGAUCGAGAGGCUGGACAUGCUGGAGGACUACAUUGACGAAAACGCCUACGGAAAAGUCUGCCUGUACCUCACAAGCUGCGUGAGUUACGUUCCUGAGCCAGAAAACUCAGCACUGCUGAGAUGCGCCCUGAACAUCUUCAGAAAGUUCAACCGCUACCCAGAAGCCCUGCGCCUGGCGCUGAUGCUCAACGACGUGGAGCUAGUAGAAAACAUCUUCACAUCCUGCAAAGACAUUGUUAUCCAGAAGCAGAUGGCCUUCAUGCUGGGUCGCCAUGGCAUGUUCCUGGAGCUCAAUGAGGACGUAGAGGACUACGAGGACUUGACAGAGAUCAUGUCCAACGUGCAGCUCAACAGCAACUUCUUGGCCCUGGCCAGAGAGCUGGACAUCAUGGAACCCAAAGUCCCAGACGACAUCUACAAAACACACCUGGAAAACAACAGGUUCGGAGGCAGCGGCUCCCAGGUGGACUCCGCUCGUAUGAACUUGGCCUCGUCCUUCGUGAACGGCUUCGUCAACGCCGCCUUCGGUCAGGACAAGCUGCUCACAGACGACGGCAACAAAUGGCUGUACAAGAACAAGGACCACGGUAUGCUGAGUGCUGCAGCCUCUCUGGGAAUGAUCCUGCUGUGGGACGUGGACGGAGGUCUGACCCAAAUUGACAAAUAUCUCUAUUCCUCUGAGGACUACAUCAAGUCUGGUGCCCUUCUGGCUUGUGGCAUUGUCAACUCAGGUGUAAGGAACGAGUGUGACCCGGCCCUCGCCCUGCUCUCUGACUACGUCCUCCACAACAGCAACAUCAUGAGGAUAGGAGCCAUCUUUGGACUGGGCCUGGCCUACGCUGGCUCCAACAGAGAAGAUGUCCUGUCUCUGCUUCUCCCCGUCAUGGGAGACUCCAAAUCCAGCAUGGAGGUGGUUGGAGUAACGGCGCUGGCGUGCGGUAUGAUCGCAGUAGGAUCUUGUAAUGGCGACGUUACCUCCACCAUCGUCCAGACCAUCAUGGAGAAGAACGAACAGGAAUUGAAGGACUCGUAUGCCCGCUGGUUGCCCUUAGGACUGGGACUCAACCACCUGGGUAAAGGCGAGGCCAUCGAGACCACCCUGGCAGCUCUUCAGGUUGUGCCCGAACCUUUCCGCAGCUUUGCCAACACAUUAGUGGAUAUCUGUGCAUAUGCAGGUUCCGGUAACGUGCUGAAGGUGCAGCAGCUUCUCCACAUCUGCAGCGAGCACUACGAAGCCAAGGAAAAGGAAAAAGAGGAGGACAAGGACAAGAAGGAUAAGAAGGACAAAGACAAGAAGGAGACUGCUGCUGACAUGGGCUCCCACCAGGGUGUAGCUGUGCUUGGCAUCGCCCUCAUUGCCAUGGGGGAGGAGAUCGGUUCUGAAAUGGCGCUGCGAACAUUCGGACAUCUGCUGCGUUACGGUGAGCCCACCCUGCGGCGAGCGGUGCCCCUCGCCCUAGCGCUCAUUUCCGUGUCCAACCCCCGUUUGAACAUCUUGGACACCCUCAGCAAGUUUUCCCAUGACGCUGACCCCGAGGUGUCCCACAACUCCAUCUUUGCCAUGGGCAUGGUGGGCAGUGGCACAAAUAACGCCCGUCUGGCUGCCAUGCUGCGGCAGCUGGCCCAGUAUCACGCCAAAGACCCUAACAAUCUCUUCAUGGUCCGACUGGCUCAGGGUCUGACUCACCUGGGCAAAGGCACACUGACACUCUGUCCCUACCAUAGCGACAGGCAGCUGAUGAGUCAGGUCGCCGUGGCCGGACUACUCACCGUGCUCGUCUCCUUCCUCGACGUCAAGAACAUAAUCCUAGGGAAAUCUCACUACAUUCUCUACGGCCUGGUAGCAGCCAUGCAGCCACGUAUGCUGGUCACCUUCGACGAGGAGCUGCGACCACUGCCCGUGUCUGUCAGAGUUGGACAGGCUGUGGAUGUCGUGGGCCAGGCAGGCAAGCCAAAGGCCAUCACAGGUUUCCAGACCCACACCACGCCGGUGCUGCUGGCUCAUGGAGAGAGAGCUGAGCUGGCCACAGAGGAGUACCUCCCCGUCACCCCCAUCCUGGAGGGCUUUGUUAUCCUCCGCAAGAAUCCCAACUAUGAAACCUAGACUGGCCCCCUACAGCACUAAAAAAAAAACAUAAUAAAUAAAAAACAUUCUCACUGGCCUCUCUCUGUUUGUAAGGGUAGCCCUCCAUGGCUCUUGGCAGUUGUUAUAUUUGGCAUUUUUCUUUUGCAUGGCUGAAAAGAGCAAGGCAGGCCUAUCCUUCUUCCUCGCUGUGACUUGUCACCGUCGUCCAUGGCCAGCUGUGGCUCCUGUUCUGGGGUCUGGUUAAUUGGACUGGGACGAUACAGGGAGGGUUAAACUGGGACCUCAUUCACCGUACAUAGAUGGUUUCCUCGUUGCUCUAAUUUUGUUCCAUCUCGCCCCCUCAUGUACUGAACCAGCUGUUUGACUGUCCCGGGGGCCAGUUUUUAAAGUGGGAACUGUUCACGUGUCAUCAGUUAAUGAAUAACAACUCUUCAGUCCACAUCAGUGCUUCAAAUGUUGUUGUUUUUCUCCCAGUGCUCACAUCCCAGUCAUGUUUUGUAAUUAGAGCAUUUUAAAAUAUGUAUUCUUCAUUACGUUCUUUUUUUUUUUUGGUUGGUUUUUUGUUACAGUACUGUAAAAGAUUGAAUCAAAAAAAUAAAAACUCCGGUCCACAUGGUGGAAAUA